AUGCAAAGAGCUUUAGGAGGUGGUGCGAGGGGAGGUAAAGGGAGAAGAGGAAACGAGGGUGGAGGAGGGUUAUUACAACAAUCUUGUUUACCUAAUUUAAAAAUCUGCAAGAUUGAUUUGGCAAUCAUAAUAUCUGUAUGUCAGUGCCUAGAAUAUCUGUCUGUCUGUCUGUCUGUCUGGUAUAUGUCUGUCUUUGAUGAUAUUAUUAUUAAUUAUGGCCAUUAUUAUGGUGAUGAUGGUGGUAGAGUGAUAGUGGUAGAUAGAUUCAUGUGUAAAUCAUGGAAUUAUUAUUAUUAUACAAACAAAUAA